AUGACUUCUCGCACCAAGCUCCCUCUCGUCCUGAUAGGCUCCGGCCCGGGAAUUGGGAGCAAUGUGGCUUCUGUCUUCGCCGCCAAGAGGUUUGACAACGUUGCGCUGAUUGCUAGAGACAGUCAAAGGCUCGAACGAGAUCGCCACUCUGUUGAAGAGGCGGCCCCAUCAGCCACAGUCAAGACCUACGCCGUCGACAUCACAGACUCUGAGAAGUUUGUCAGUGUGCUCAACCAGGUCUCGAGCGAGUUCGGACCGCCAGAAUGCGUCUACUUCAACGCGGCAAGGGUUAUCCCCUCGGAGCUGUUCAAGUUUACCAAUGAUGAGCUGGUGUAUGAUUUCAAGAUCACUUGCACCGCCCUCCACGAUGCCGCAAAUUGGGCACUGCCCCAUCUCCUCAAGCUCGCGAACUCGGGCGACAAAUCUGUUCGGCCCUCCCUCCUGGUCACCAGUUCCCUGCUCCCCAUCGAUCCCAUCCCGCAGCUGUUUGCGCUCUCGGCGACGAAAGCCUCGCAAAAGAACAUGGUGCAGUCUCUGAGCAAGAUCUACACACCUCAGGGCGUGCACAUCGGCCUCGUUGUCGUAGGGGGUCCCGUCGACCCCAACUCGGCAAACCUCAACCCUGCCAAGAUUGCCGAGCGGGCGUGGGAGUUCUUCGAGGGGGCUAAUUGGUGGGACGAGAAGAAGUUUGAGGUCGAGAUUGAACCAUGA